CGACGCCUCAAAAGAUGGCGUAUUAAGUUUACCACGCCAGCCAUUGGUGGUAGGUCCAAGUUUAAAAGAAAAAUAAUAAAUUUCGGUAUCGCACAGCCGGCGUUUCAGGAAAUCACCGCGUAUUCGGUUCAUUUCGCGUUAAUUUUUAUGUCGUGACGCGUACGGGCGAGCGAACGACGGUAUCGCGACAUUUUCAAGUGAAUUUGAUGAAGGCAAAAGGCAAAUUACAGGAAUUUCGUGAUCGGCUGAGGUUUGGUAAAUCUGGCAGAGAUCUAAUUUAGGAAAAUGGCAGACAUUACGUAUCCGCCAGGCUGCAAGCCACUCACCGAAGAUCUGGGCGCCGAUGAGUUGAUUCGUCGUUUAAAGACUCUUACACACACCCUACAAACAAUGGGUCAAGACGAUGGAAUAUAUCAGCAAUACAUACCAUUGGCGCUCCAUUUAGCUGACGAGCACUUUCUAACCCACUCAUCUAAAGAUGUUCAACUUCUGAUCGCUUGUUGUAUUGCUGACGUGCUACGAGUCUACGCUCCAGAAGCACCGUAUAAGGAUCAAGAGCAAAUCAAAACAAUUUUCCUGUUCUUGAUCCGACAACUAAACGGUCUGAAAGACCCAAAGGAUCCAGCAUUCAAAAGAUAUUUCUAUUUAUUGGAAAAUCUUGCGUACGUCAAGUCAUUCAAUAUGUGCUUUGAAAUUGAGGAUGCACAGGAGAUAUUCUGUUCAUUGUUUUCUUUGAUGUUUAAGAUUGUAAGUGAUGAACACAGCGGCAAGGUGAAAAAUUUCAUUCUUGAUAUUUUUUGUCCGCUGAUUACGGAGUCAGAUAAUGUGUCAAAUGAACUAUUAGAUAUUAUUCUUAUAAAUAUUGUUGAGCCGAACAAGUCUCAAAGGAAGAAUGCGUAUUUCUUGGCUAGAGAAUUGAUAAUGAAGACGAGUGAUACGUUAGAAACCUACAUUCAAUUAUUCUUUAAUCAAGUCUUGAUUAUGGAUAAAAUGGAUAAAAGUUACGCAAUAACAUCGAAAGUAUAUGAUCUCAUUUACGAGCUGAAUAUAAUAAGCUCAAACAUUCUGUUGUCCGUUUUGCCUCAGCUAGAAUGUAAGUUGAAGUCGGCAAACGAAGCAGAACGAUUAAAGGCUGUAGCUCUCCUCGCACGGAUGUUCUCCGAAAAAGACUCAAAUUUAUCAAAACGUCACACGGCACUUUGGCGUCAAUUCCUCGGACGAUUCUACGACAUAGCCGUACCAAUUCGUAUCAAAUGUGUACAGAGCACGAUGCAUUUUCUACUUAACCAACCACACCUGCGGAAAGAAAUCAUUGAAACUCUGAAGGUGCGUCAACACGACUCCGACGAAACAGUUCGAUACGAAGUUGUCAUGGCAAUUGUAGAGACUGCCAAGCGGGACUUUCAAAUUGUCUCCGAAUCGGAAGAUUUACUAGACUUCGUCAAGGAACGAACAUUAGAUAAGAAAUUUAAAAUUAGGAAGGAAGCAAUGAAUGGACUGGCGAUGAUAUAUAAGAAGUAUUUGAGCGAUUCAAAUGUCCCAGAGGCGACCAAGAAGGCUGUAAAUUGGAUUAAAGAUAAAAUCCUCCAUGGCUACUAUAUGACCGGAAUUGAAGACAGACUGCUAGUUGAGCGCCUCCUGAUUACGUGUUUAGUUCCUUACCAAUUGCCAGCAGAGUGUCGAAUGAAGAAAUUGUAUCAACUUUUGGGCACAAUUGACGAAAAUGCGACCAAAGCUUUCAUUGAACUGCAGAAAAAUCAGUUGAAAGUGCGAAAAAUGGUAUCAGAUUGGAUAAAAUUGCAUCGUUCGAAAGACAUCACGUCCAAAAUACAAAAAGAAAUGAACACCAAAUGUGUAAUGAUAUCAAAGCAAUUACCGGACCCUAUAAAGGCUCAAGAGUUCUUGAACAAGUUCAGUACGAAUAUGAAAAAGGACCCUGCUUUACUACGCGGUAUGGAAACUAUCUUGAAGCGCGAUGUAUCAUGUAAAGAAUGUGCCGACACAAUGUCAUGCGUACUUAAGAAAUUAGGCAAUCCAAUUAUGACCAAUUUGUACUAUAACACGGUGAAAAUGCUGCUAGAGCGAAUCGCUUCAGUUAUGGUUGACCAGAGUUCGAUUGAGAUCCUCGUCGGGUUGAUUGAAGAAUGUAUACAAGGAGGACGGGUAGUCAAUGAGGUUGGAUUGCCACCAGAGUCAGCUGGGGAAAGAGGCUUAAAGCUACUAAGCGUUUUGGCAUACGUUUUCUCAGCUCAUUUUCAACAUGAGACAAUACUACGUCAUAUGAUUGCGCUACUCAGUUUCGACGUCGACUACGCGGCACCAUACAUUCUAAAAGCUUUCACCUACUUAGGCCGGUACAAACCAUUGAUUGACUCUCAGCCAGAAGUUCUUCAAGAAAUUGCUCCAAUUUGCAAGGAAUUCGCUAUAUCCGGAACCCCGAAACAAGCAAAACACGCUGUGCGUUGUAUGUUUGUGAAUACACAGUCGUCCGAACGUUCAGAUGUGUGUGAUAUAUUCCCUGAUAUCGUCGAGUCCUUCAAACAUACCCUCAACAAUGAGAAUGAGAACUAUCGGACGGCAAUCGUAUGUCUUGGCCACAUAGCGUACAAUAUGCCGGAGAGAUUCAUGACUCAAAUUAAGAACUUAAUCUCACGACGAAUCGUCAAAGAGCUACUUGUUAAAGAUGUACCUCCAAACCGAGCCGACCUGCCUAGUGGUGAUUGGUGUGAAGAGGAUCAACUUCCAUACUCCACGAGAUGUCAGGUGGAAGGCAUGAAAACGAUGGCCCGCUGGUUGGUGGGCUUGAAAAAUGAUGUUUUAUCUGCACAAAAGACAUUCCGUAUGGUUGAUGCCUUCAUCAAGCAAAAAGGUGAUCUAUUACAAUUGGGGCAUGUAUCGCCUGCGGAAGCAUCGUGGCUCCGAUUAAGUGCCGGCAAGGCCAUGUUGAAAAUAUGCGAACAGAAAGGAGUUGGCGAUCAAUUCACUGCCGAACAGUUUUAUCACUUAUCUAACCUCAUGAAUGACGCAGUACCGGAAGUGCGGGAAAUCUUCGCAAAGAAACUACACAAAGGGUUGAAUAAAGGAAUCCCACAUAAAUGCCUGCCCCUAGACUUUAUGGGCUAUUACGCCUUAGGUGGACGGGAGACUGAUAGAAGGCUAGCACAAUUACUUAAGACAUACAUAGAGACUGAUGUGAAUAGAAGGCGGGAAUAUGUUAAAACUUUUGCUACAGGUAAUGAUACCAACAGAAUACAUCGAGAGAGAACUUUAAUAUUUAUGUCGAUUUCAGUUGAGCGCGCGAUGAGCCAAUUACCUCACAUUCUCCCUGACUAUAUGCUAGUGUUUGCCGUACCAGUUUUAACACACGAUCCAGAGUUCACAAAUCACGAAGACAAGGCGCAACUGAAAGCCGUAGAGAAAUGUCUUUGGCUGAUACUAGAGCCCCUCAUAACAAACAAAGAAUUCUUCUGUUCUGGAUUCUACAAAAACAUCGUUGACCGGAUGAAAAACCACAAGGACGCCUUUAUGGCGGAUGAUGAUUCAACCAAUCAUAAAAUGUGGGCAAUUUGCGACAUUGCCAUGAACUUAAUAAACCAACGAGCCACCGCCUAUGAUAUUCGGGAGUUCCCGCUAGACGCCAGGAUACCUUCCAUGUAUUUCCAAGCACAGCCGGAAACCUUCGUAAACCAUAAAAUCUACAUACCACUGGAAAUGUACUCGCAAGCACCAGCAGCGAAAAAGCCCGGCUUGCCGUACAUUGGGGGCGGUGACAGGAAGCGAACACAGAACAGAAAGAUUUCAGAGAGCAGUAUAGAUCAGACUAAUGCGCAGACAACAGCAGUAUCAAUGGACGAUAUGGAUAGUAUAGAGGACACAGAUGAGAACCUAGAACCUGCAGCGAAAAGAGUUAGGAGCCCUUUUAAAGAUUAAGAUUUUUUUAUAUUAUUAUUCUGUAAUAAUUAUUGUCUUUUAUGUUUUGAAUUUUUCAAUUUCGUUUCCUCGAAAAAAAUCAAAGAAUAUAUUGAUAGUAUUUGUUAAGAUUUUAUUUUUAAUUUAAACAUAUAAAGUAAAAUAUUAUUCAAUACGGAGUUGUGCUUACUUGAGAAAGAAAGUCCCUUGUCUCUUGUCAGUUAUCCAAUAAAUGAUAAGUUAUUAUAAAAAGAAAGUAAAGUCGUAAACUCUCCGAAUAAAAUUUUGUUUUGAAUAUUUA